CAAUAUGGCGCUGAUGAAGGGACGCAGUUGUACGGCAUUAGGUAUCAAUAUGGCGCGGAUCAGGGACGCAGUUGUACGGCAGGCGCCCUUGAAGGAAAAUAACAUCAGUUCCGGUCAAAAUGGCUGUGCAAAGGAGGCGUCUGAUGCAGACGGAUCAGCCUCAGAGCUGGACGGAUGAUCUCCCGCUCUGCCGGCUGUGUGGAGUCGGUUCCGCGGUGAAUUCCGUGUACGGAGCGGACGGGAAAGCAGUUGCAGAGCACCCCUAUGAGGAUGGAUACAUGCGAUUCCAGGGGGAGAACGGCUGUUUCCUGUACGCCGUGUUUAACGGCUAUGACGGGAGCCACGUGGUGAACUUCAUGUCUCAGAGGCUGUCUGCUGAGCUGCUGCUGGGGCAGCUCAAUGCGAGCCACAGCGACGCGGACGUCAGGAGAGUCCUGCUGCAGGCUUUUGACGUGGUUGAGAAGAGCUUCCUGGAGUCCAUUGAUGAUGCGCUGGCAGAAAGAGCUAACCUCCUCUCACAGCUCCCUGAGGGGGUCCCUUUUCACCAGCUCCCCCAGCAGCUUCAGCAGAUUGCAGAGCGGGUCAGUGUUGUGGAGCAGGAGGUCUCUGGAGGAGCCACGGCCGUGGUGGCUCUCAUCCUCAACCACAAGCUCUACAUCGCCAACGUGGGUACCAACCGAGCACUGAUCUGCAAGUCCUCCAGUGACGGGCAGAACCAGGUGACCCAGAUCGGAAUGGACCACACCGCUGAGAACGAGGAUGAGCUCUUCCGCCUGGCCCAGCUGGGGCUGGACGGGGCUCGUAUCAAGCAGGCUGGGCUGAUCGGAGGACAGAACAGCACUCGCAGGAUCGGAGAUUACAGAGUGAAGUACGGCUAUUCGGACAUGGAUCUGUUCAGCGCCUCCAAGUCUAAGCCAAUCAUCGCCGAGCCGGAGAUCCACGGAGGUCACUCAUUGGACGGAGUGACCGGGUUCCUCCUCCUCAUGUCUGAUGGGCUGUACAAAGCCCUGGAGGCGGCCCACGGGCCUGAACAAGCCAAUCAGGAGCUGGUGGCGACCGUGGCCGCGGAGUGUGCUCAGCAGACCUCCCUGGACGCCGUGGCUCAGGCCGUGGUGGAGCGGGUGUGCCGGCUUCACCAUGACACCUUCGCCAGCGGCCGCGAGCGCGCCAAGGAGUGCCAGCGCCACGAGGACAUGACCCUGCUGAUCAGGAACUUCAACUACCCGCUGGGGGGCGAGGCCUGCGACCCCGCGCUCACACCCACACAAG